UGAAAGCUUGAGCACGAGAAACAUAUUUAGCCAUGGAUCCAAUAGACUGUAAGGCAUUACAGUUUCCAUUGAAGUGUUGUUAACAACUUGGUUUGAGAUUUUCGUGCAGAGGAUACAUGGCUCCCGAGUACCUUGUUCGAGGACAACUUUCGGAUAAAUCUGAUGUUUAUAGUUUCGGAGUACUUGUUCUUGAGAUUGUAUGUGGUCAAAAAAAUAGCAGCUUCACAAAGUCCGGUUCCCUUCUACAAAAAGUUUGGACACUUUACAAAUCCAAUGCCUUGGCUGAAGCUGUUGACCCUUGCAUUAGAGACGAAAUGUCCGCAAAAGAGGCCCCAGGUGUCCUCCAAGUUGGGCUAUUAUGCACACAAGCUUCGGUUCUCUUUAGACCAUCAAUGGCAGAAGUGGUUCAGAUGUUAACCGAUAAAGAUUACGAAAUCCCAAUGCCGAACCAGCCUCUUUUUUAAAUGCUUAUGUGCUUGGAACAGCAACUUU